UGGUGUGGUUUUUCUUACUUUAUAAGGAACCUUUGAGGUAAUUAAUUAGAAGGAAUUGCGUAGCUGCUUCACCAUGCCUUGCUUAGAGCGCUGCUCCAACUAUGGCCUGGAGCUCAUUCUAGUGUUCUUUGGGAUCUUUAUGAGUAUUGGAUUUGUGAUCACUUACAUCAUUGCUGUACAGGAGAGUCAUGUCACGGCAUUCCUUCCUUACAUAAGUGACACUGGAGGGAAAGUCCCUGAGAGUUGUGUGUUCACCUUCGUUUGCGGUGUGGGUACAAUAUUCAUGUUGGUGGUGUUGUGCUUGCGGUACAGACACUUGCAUCACUACUACCACCGAAGUAUGCCUGAGAUGCACUGUUUGAACAUGACCAGUCUAAUCGCUGGUCUCAUUUCUGCAGUGGGUUUGCUCACAGUAGGCAGCUUUCAGAACGACAAUGUACAUACUAUGCAUUUUAUCGGAGCAUUCAUGGCGUUUGGUUCUGGUAUUAUUUAUUUCUGGUUGCAAAGUGUUAUCACUGUGCGUCUGUGGAGGUCUCGAAUGACUCCCUACGUUGGCCCCUGUAUGGUCCUCACCAGAGUCUUCAUGGCUGGCUUCUCAACUCUCAUGCUUGUUACUACUAUUGUUACUGGUAUGUACGCAAUCAAUGAGCACCAUAAGCAACACAACGCUGCAGGAACUUUCUUUUGGGAGGCAGGAGAUGGGGGCUACGCUUUCCAUGUCAUCAGCACAGGGACGGAGUGGCUCCUGGCUCUGAGUUUUGUUUUCUUCUUCUUGACCUUCCACCCGGACUUCACUCGGAUACAGCUGGACUGCAGUGUGAGACUCAAGUAUGACCACCACACUGAUGUCAUCCAUCGACCGUCCAUUAUAAGUACGGAUGAUGAGACCACACCCCUUACAAUAUGAGCACAUGUGAACACUCUGACUGUUAUAAUUAUUGUUUUUAAUUAGUUAUUUAUUUAUUGUCAAUAAUAAUUAUUGUUUGUCUUGAAA